AUGUCUACCUUAAAAUACCAUCUCGUGCCGGGGAGUGGGGUGCUGCACACAAUCACAUCCAACAAAAAAGGAAUAUGCGCGGCGGGUAUUGAUCGAGUGGCGUUCUUCAUCGACCCCAGGCGAUGGAGGGCUAGUGGUUCGUGGAGAGGCGGCUUAAAGUUUGACAUCAAUAAAGUAUACCUGUCGGGUAGCCUGGAUAACACUGCAUUCGCAUUUGGUCGUAUUGAUGGCGAGUUUGCCACCGGUUCCUGGGAGGCCAAGGGAAACAAGACGUCAUCGAGUCGUUUGACGAAGAAGAACUUUCUGGCCGACUCCCGCUACGUUGGAGUGGGCAGAAUACCCGGCGAGGACGCCUUUAUUAGCAUUGUCUCGUCUAAACAUCUGUACACUCUGGAUCACUGUGAUGCGUAUGCUACCAGAGCUCUACCAAAGAGCACCCACUCGCCACCCCCCGUGGAUGGCCCCUUAGAUCACGUCGGAAAAAAGAAGAAACUUAACGACGAGAAGUCGGAUUAGCGUUAGGCCAAGGAUAGUAAAGCAUUAACAUCUAUAGACA